CGACCCGUUUCACACCCCCUCUGGCCUAAAAACCGUACGUCGAAACUUCUUGCUGCAGAACUGACAAUAUGGCGACCUUUCGCUUGGUUUACAAAAAUCAAAUUCAGCACGUGUGUAAAGGUGCCAAACUACAAUCGUGAAAAUAUGGGUGAUAACAGACAGGAGCAAACCUACGAUGGCCCCGCUGGAAUGCAACCGGACGGAGUCAUCGAGUCCAACUGGAACGAAACCGUCGACAACUUCGACGACAUGGACUUGAAGGAGCAGCUGCUCCGUGGCAUCUACGCCUACGGUUUCGAGAAGCCGUCUGCCAUCCAGCAGCGCGCUAUUAUGCCGUGCAUCAAGGGUCAUGAUGUUAUUGCCCAGGCCCAGUCUGGUACUGGUAAAACUGCAACGUUUUCCAUUGCGAUCUUGCAGCAGAUCGACACCAGCCUUGCAGAAUGCCAAGCGCUGAUUCUGGCUCCAACCCGUGAGUUGGCCACCCAGAUCCAGAAGGUAGUGAUUGCCCUCGGCGACUACCUGAACGCCCAAUGCCAUGCCUGCAUUGGUGGUACGAAUGUCCGCGAUGACAUGCGUAAGCUGGAGAUGGGUUGCCACAUCGUGGUCGGAACCCCGGGACGUGUGCACGACAUGAUCAGCCGUAACGUGCUGCGCACCACCCACAUCAAGCUGUUCGUCCUGGACGAGGCUGAUGAAAUGUUGUCCCGUGGGUUCAAGGACCAGAUUCAGGAUGUUUUCCGUAUGUUGCCCAAUGAUGUACAGGUCAUUCUUCUGUCCGCUACCAUGCCGGCUGAAGUGUUGGAAGUCUCCACCCACUUCAUGCGUGAGCCAAUCAAGAUCCUGGUCAAGAAAGAGGAACUGACACUGGAAGGUAUUAAACAAUUCUACAUCGAUGUGAAACAGGAAGGCUGGAAACUCGGCACACUAUGCGAUCUGUACGAUACGCUGUCCAUCACUCAGGCCGUCAUCUUCUGCAACACCCGCCGCAAGGUCGAUCAGCUGACCGCCGAAAUGGCCGCCCAGAGCUUCACCGUUUCUUCCAUGCACGGUGAUAUGGACCAGCGUGACCGUGAUUUGAUUAUGAAGCAGUUCCGUACCGGAUCGUCCCGUGUCCUGAUCACCACGGAUCUUCUCGCUCGUGGUAUCGAUGUGCAGCAGGUUUCCCUAGUUAUUAAUUAUGACCUACCGACGUUACGGGAAAACUACAUCCACAGAAUCGGUCGAGGUGGUCGUUUCGGUCGUAAGGGAGUUGCAAUCAACUUCGUUACUGAGGCUGAUAAGAGAGUGCUGACAGACAUUGAGAAACAUUACAACACCUCCAUCGAAGAGAUGCCAGCAAAUCUGGCUGAUAUGCUGUAAAUCCUACCUGCCCAGCAACAAACAAAAAGAUAAACAACAACAGCAGCAACAACCAAUAAAAAAAAUAAAAUCAGCAACAACACCGUCAGCUAAAAGUAGUAACAUCAACGACCGAAUAUUACGACCGGAAAAAACGAAAAUCCACGACACUUCGUUGAAACAAGGAAACCUCCUGGAACAUCUUAUUACCCCAAUCAAACAACAACUGAGACAUCAAAUUCAGGUGAAGAAAUAUUCCAAAACGGCUAACAUACAUACAAUUUUUACCAACAACAACAACCACAGCCCAGUUUACGUGAGUCGAAAGAAGAAUUGCGAGCGAAUGUUUGUGAGAUUUCCCUAGAAGAUUAUUAAGCGUGUGCUCAGUUCAUCAGCAGCUGCAACAGCAACAGAUACGCCUCGUUUCUUUCCAAUAAUGUAUGAUUGUACUUCUAAAGGAACAUCUUCAAAGAUAAAUAAAUUCCUAGUACUAUGAAUUAUCAA